AUGCUCACGACGUUCAUUUCUCCUCAGCAUGGCUUCAAGCUGGAGGAGGGCCGGGAGGGAAAGGCGACGCAAGCGGAGAACAAACACGAGAAGGUCCUUGCCCGCAUCUACUGUGCAUUCUCGGCCGUCUGGUCCCUGGGGGCGAACUUGCACGAGGCCUCCCGCAAGAAGUUCCAGGAUUUCUUGCGGGCGCCCUUGCAGAUGUUUUGCCCCGAAGUCGGGGACCAGGACAGAAAGCAAGCGAGUGCUGGCUGUCAGCAUGUAUCGUGGAUCUGCGUGAAACACGCCAAAAGGGAUGCGUUCUAA